GGCAGAAAGAUCAUGGACACUUGCGUGUGGAGACAUGGUUAUCGAUUUGGCAGGUCGUGCUUGACCUGGGAAACGAUGACGACAAGAGCAAGAGCAGAGGCUAGAGAGAGUCGGUCACCCAGCGGGUGGUCCCGCUGUGACACUACAUUAUAAUGGCUCCACCAACUACACCGGACCCCCAAAUUAUCUCACUACUCUUAAUUUUGCCCAAAUUCUACGUUCUAAUUGAUGGCUAUCUUAGCAUUCCAAAUAUUUGUUUAACACCCCUGUGAAGGUCUUUGCUCUUCAUCCGAGGGCGGCGGCGGAGGAAGACUGGGUCGUUACAGCCAUGGGACUCAACAGGUUUGCUCGCUGAAAAUAAACGUAUGAUCAAUUGGCUUUCUCUGUCCGUUUAAUUGUGGAAUUUUCGGGUAGCGUAACAAGCCUUUGGAUCUUCAGAAAAUUGUUUCUCAGAUGCUAGAAGUAGAGCUGCCACAAGUGGUUAUUCUUUGGCAGUCCCUGUUGAGUAGAUUUUCUGAGGUUGCUAGCUUUGCGCGCAAUGUGCCAGUUGAGCAAGAGAAUUUUGCUCAAUUGGCAAGCUUCUUAGAAAAUAUUUGCUCCAUUAUAAUUGAGCUGCAAAAUGGAAGAGAUAGUUCACCUUUGAUAAGUGAGAUUUUGGAGGCAUUAUUACGGGAUGUUGAAAUUGCCAAUCAACUUGUACAUAUAUGUAGCAGAAAACAUCGCAUACAUCAGUCCAUUCAAAGCAAAGAUCUAGUGAAACGACUGGAGAAUGUAGUGCAUGAUCUGGGAAGAAGCUUGAGACUUAUUCCUUUGUCCUCUGUUCAGAACAACGAAAAUACGAAAGUUAUAAUCGAUUCUCUUUCUCAGCAGAUGCAAGAGGCAUAUUUUCAUUCAGUAGAUGUGCAAAAUAGUGAGUCAGUAGAAGUUGAACACGAGAAUUCACUAAAAGCUGAGCACCUUCAAAAACAGAGCUCAGUUGGCAUCAGUCACUCAUCUGGGAACAUGUUGAACAACUCUGAAUCAUUUUAUGACCAUGGUAGCCAGUCAGAUGAUAGCCGUCAUUAUGAUCAGAGGCACAUUGAGCCUCUAUAUGAAGCAUUUGUGUGUCCUUUAACAAAACAAAUCAUGCGGGAUCCAGUAACAUUAGAAAAUGGUCAAACAUAUGAGAGAAGUUCAAUUGAGCGAUGGUUCAAGGAAUGUCAAGAGAAUGGAAGGAAACCUGUAUGUCCAAUGACAGGGAAAGAACUGAAAAGUACAGAGUUGAACCCUAGCAUAGCCCUUCGUAAUACAAUUGAAGAAUGGACAGCCAGAAAUGAAGGUGCUCAAAUUGAUAUUGCUCGUGCUUCCUUAACAUUAGAAAGUUCUGAGGAAGAAGUUCUAUAUGCCUUGAAAGACAUACAACUACUUUGUUUCAAAAGUAGGAUCAACAAACAUCGUGUGCGUAAUGUUGGAUUGAUACCUAUGAUUGUUAACCAAUUGAAAAGUAGUAGUGAGAAAAUCCGCUGCAGAGCUCUUGAAGCUCUGUGUUUGCUCGCAGAAGAUGAUGAAGACAAUAAGGAAGCUAUUGCCGAAGCAGAUGCAAUCCGUAGCUUUGUUAAAUGUUUAUCACGGGAACUUUCACAGGAGAGGGAGGAGGCAGUAUCAUUGUUAUUGGAGCUGUCUAAAUCCCCAUCUUUGUGUGAAAAGAUUGGCUGUGUAAAUGGAGCAAUUCUCAUAUUAGUUGGAAUGACAAGCAGCAAAUCUGAAAAUGUUGUGGCAGUUGAGAAGGCAGAGAAAACACUUGAAAAUUUAGAACAGUGUGACAAAAAUGUUCGUCAAAUGGCAGAAAAUGGUCGCUUGCAACCCCUAAUAACACGUCUUGUUGGAGGCUCAGAAGAGGUGCAGCUGGAGAUGGCAAAUUACCUCGGUGAAAUAGUCCUUAGUAAUGAAGGAAAGGUGCUUGUAGCGGAAAUGGCUACUAAGACACUGGUGAAGAUAAUGGGAAGUGGAAAAGUACUAGCAAGGGAAUCUGUUUUGAAGGCUUUAAACCAGAUUUCUUCGUAUGAUGUGAAUGGGAGAAAACUAAUUGAAGCUGGUAUUCUUCCACCUCUUAUCAAGGAUCUCUUUACUGUGGGGGCAAAUCAACUGCCAAUAAAGAUGAAGGAAGUCUCUGCAGCAAUUCUGGCAAAUGUUGUAAGCUCUGGUUUUGAAUAUGAGGCAGUUCCUAUUGAUGCUGAUGGGGACACACUUGUCUCAGAAAAUAUCAUUCAUAAUUUACUGCAUCUGAUUAGUAAUACUGGGCCUGCAAUAGAAGCAAAGCUGCUCCAAGUGCUUGUUGGCCUGUCCAGCUCUCCAGAUGCUGUUCUUAAUGUAGUCACUGCCAUUAAAAGUGCUGGAGCUACUAUAAAUCUCAUUCAAUUUAUCGAAGCACCACAAAAAGAUCUGCGAAUUGCAUCAGUGAAACUACUGCAACGGCUCUGCCCUCAUAUGGGCCAGGAACUUGCAGAUGGUUUGCGUGUGACUACUGGCCAGCUUAGCACUCUAAUCAGAAUCAUGGGUGCAAAUGGAUUAACAGAGGAACAUGCAGCUGCAGCGAGUUUGCUGGCAAAUCUUCCAGUAAUGGAUGCUACUCUGACACGUUCACUUCUCGAUGAAGGAGCUUUCCCUGUUGUGGUGAGUAGAAUUCAUGAGGUGCGACAUGGAGAAACUAGAGGCAGCCGCUUUCUCACUCCAUACUUGGAGGGGCUAGUUGGCGUCUUGGCAAGAUUUACAUUUUUGCUCGACGAUGAAGUGGUCGUUGCUCUUGCUAAGCAAUACAAUUUGGCAUCUUUGUUUACAGAUUUACUUCAAACAAAUGGCCUUGAUGAAGUACAAAGACUGUCUGCUGUUGCACUUGAAAAUCUCUCUGCCCAUUCCAAUGCUUUGUCAGAAUUUCCAGAAAUUUCUAAAGGUGGCUUUUGUGAUUGCUUAUUUCCCCCACCUAAGCCAACUGGUCUUUGCCCAGUUCAUCAUGGAAUUUGCUCAUCCAAAAAUACCUUUUGCCUUCUUGAAGCAAAGGCAGUAACUAAGUUGGUAGCAUGUCUUGAUCAUGCAAAUGUAUCUGUUGUUGAAGCAUCUCUUGCCGCAAUCUGUACUCUUGUGAGUGAUUCAGUUGAUGUAGAACGUGGGGUUCAAAUUUUGGAUCAAGCAGAUGCGAUACAACCUAUACUAGAUAUUCUACAAGAACAUAAGACAGAGGUGCUCAGGCAGCGGGCAGUAUGGACGGUUGAAAGAAUACUCCGCAGUGGUGAUCUUGCUCGCACCAUCUCUACUGAUGCCAAUGUACACACAGCAUUGGUUGAUGCCUUCCGUUAUGGUAAUUACAAUUCUCGGCAAGUUGCAGAAAAGGCUUUGAAACAUCUGAACAAAAUUCCAAACUUUUCUGGGGUCUUUCACAAAAUCGGUUAAGAUUUUUGCAAUUAAGAUUGUAUUGUUGUAGUGAUUUGCAGCAUAUGGAUAAGGUUCCAGUUCAGGAAAAGACAUCUGUUGUGAGAUUUAUACUAAUUAUUUCUCUUGGCAGCUGUAGGACAUAGUAGAGGGGUGUAUCUAUAUCCAAAUUUGUCAAAGUUGGGCAUCAAGUAGAAUUUAAGAGGGCAGCUUUUGUGUUUAAUCUGCUAGUGAUUAAUUUUCUUUGCAUGUAUUCUAGUUCCGUGUGAUGUGUUAACCUGAAUAUAUCCAAUUCUUUUACCCAUUUA